CUCGGAGUUGGCCGCCGCCGCCGCCGCGCAGAGCCGUCGCCGGGCCCGGGCCGAGCCGAGCCGCGCCGCCGCCGCCAUGCCGUCGGAGAAGAGCUUCAAGCAGCGCCGCACCUUCGAGCAAAGAGUGGAAGAUGUACGACUGAUUCGAGAUCAACAUCCAACUAAAAUACCGGUGAUUAUUGAAAGGUACAAGGGGGAAAAACAGCUUCCAGUUCUGGAUAAGACUAAGUUUCUGGUUCCAGAUCAUGUCAACAUGAGUGAGCUAAUCAAAAUUAUCAGGCGACGCCUGCAGCUGAACUCCAACCAGGCAUUCUUCCUCCUGGUGAACGGACACAGCAUGGUGAGCGUUUCCACGCCCAUAUCCGAGGUGUACGAGAGUGAAAAGGACGAGGAUGGAUUCCUGUACAUGGUGUACGCCUCUCAGGAGACUUUCGGAGUGCAAUCUUCUGUCUAAGAUGCGAGUGGCUUCUAGCCUAGGAUUUUGGUUUACCCUUGGCCAUCACCCCCACUCUUCCCCACGCACACCCCAGGGAAAAGAAAUGGAUGUCACCUAUGCUCUCAGUACCUUAGCAUAGUCUUGCUUUAGCAGGUGUCUCAUCUUACCUUGCCUUGUUUGUGAAUAUUAAACAGUACAGACGAGCACCUCCAGCUUUGAAAACCUGCUGUAAUAUUCCACACAGGCACAUUUGCAUUUCUGGACUUAAUGAAUGGAACCCAGCUGUGCAUGUGUCAAUUGCAAAGAAAGGGACACUCAACUGACAUUAACAGGCAAACAGGCACCGGUGAGGAGCUAACCUCACGUUUCACGUGACAGUUUUCUGGAAAAGCUCCCUAUGAUUCCUUAACGCUUUUUUUGUUCGUUUUGUUUUUGGGUUUUAUGGGAAGGCUCUAUUGAGAGCCAAUAUGUUUAAUGUUCCAAAGUGGAGAUUUGUCUGCUGCAGUUCGGUGAGAUUUGUGUCAGUACUGCAGUGAGUUAAGGCAAGCACUUGGGGUGAGAUGGGGGAGUACAACUCCUUUUGUUUUCCUCUUUUUUUUUUAUUUUAUUUUUUUGGUACCGCUAACUUAGAAAUGGUGCCAGUUUCUGAAAUACUCAUACCAAACACCACAGCUUUAUUGUAGUUUAGGAUGUUAACUGUAAAAUACACACCUGGACAGGUAAUGUUCAAAUAAACUUGUCUGCUAUGAAUUUCCAACGCCUGUGUGUUCAGUGAAACACUUAAUUCAUACGGGCUCGCUUCCAAAAGACCAUCCCUCCUAGCCCAAAGGUUUGUCGUUCUCUAGCCCAGCAGAGAAUUUGCUGGGAGAAGGUAGUCAAGGAAACUACUGCCAGUGCACAAGGCUGUUGUGAUGGAUGCAGCCAGUUGCAAAGCAGGCUAGUGCAAUUUGAGACAGGAGCAGUGCCCGCUAGGUUCAUGAUCUUUGUAAUGCCACCUCUUCUCAGUUUCUGCCCCAUCUGUUCAGCAGUCUAGCUGCAUUCAAGGCCUCCAGCGUGAGCAGGUGAACGUCUUUGUUUUACGCGCCUCCAUGCUGAACAUUGGAUUCAAACACGCUACUGGAAUUAAGAGCCCGGACUGCCUAACUAGUCUGUCACGUUUUGCAUGUCAUCACCAGUGGGGUCAGGGAGAACUGCUUUUAGAAGCAGCCCGUGUCCAGGAGUUGCUCUCGCGAUUUGAUGAACAAAUGACUAUUCCAUCACUGAUGUUUCCUGCCACUUGCAUGGGGUUUGAAAAAUCUCGGUGUUACUACUGUCCUGAGUAAGGAAGCAACCUGUGCAGAGGAACGGUAUCUAGUAGGAUAUGUGUUUUUCCUCUAGAGUUGUUGUAACGUGAAGUGUAGCAGGAUGAGAUUACUCUUGUAUAUUAUGUGUCUGUGAACUAACUACAUCUGUUACUGGAAGCUAACUUACUAUAACGGGGGGAGAAAGAAGCAAUACUACUGCGUCUUGGCACUCUAGCUCAGUAAGGUGUACAAUUUGUACCUAUUUACACCUUUUUGCAUGCAUCUUGUUCACAAUGCUUACUUCAGAUUUUUUAAUGUUGUGUUUUUACUUCAAUGUAAACUUUUAAAUGCAGCUUGUCCUAUGUUUAGUUUUGUGUAAGAAAUUGUUUAACUCAUAACUGACAACCAUACUUGUAAUUACAACGUGAUUGACUGAUAUUCCUGUACAAAUGUUGCUUUUUUAAAAUUAAUACAGUGCUGAUAUGGAUGGAUUACAUCCCAACUUAA